AUGAUGAAUAAUGAACCAGACAGCCCUCCAGCUAAUACGAAUUCGUUAAGUUCGCUUGAUUUUUGGGAUUAUUCUAUUGAGUUAGAAUGUUUGGAGGGAAACCAAGAUCUCCAAUUGGCAGCAGAAUUGGGAAAAACUUUGCUUGAACGAAAUAAAGAAUUGGAAACGACUUUAAAACAACAUCAAAAUGUUAUCGACGAUCAAGCUCAAGAAAUUGAGUAUCUCACGAAACAGACAGUUGCUCUACGAGAAGUCAACGAUUCCAGAUUUCGGAUCUACGAACAACUCGAAGUUAGCAUCCACGACUUGGAAAGAGCGAACCAUAGACUAGUACUCGAAAAUGCUGCCGAGAAGAAGAUAAUAAAAAAUUUAAAUGUAACUAUAGACGGUCUUGAAACAAAAGUUGAAGAACUGCAAUCGACCAUUGACGAUUUAACGAUGCAAUUGGAUUUGCUUAAGAGAAAAUCGCAGAGAACUUUUGAAGUUUCGACCCCAUCUAACUACAAGGAAUUGGUUGUUAGUCCAGAUUCUUCUGCAAUUAUUGACGAGGAAUGCAACGUAAAAAGAAUCGAACUUCAAUAUCCAUCUUCAACCGAACCGAAAUCAUCCUCCGAAUCGAAAGCCGACGUAACGCCCCAAACGAUCGACGAAUUGGACGCAGAAGGCGAUAUGGAACAAGUCACGCAACUCCUUUCGCAGCUCAGCAAAAUGAGGUCGCAGUGCACUAGAGACGAAAGGAGGAUAACGGAAUUGGAAGAACAACUAUCAACGCUGGUGCAGCAAAAUCAAUCACUCGAAAAUCAAGUCAUCCAGCUAUCGCAUAAAGGAGAUGAUCUGAACAUGAAGAGCAUGCAUGAGGAACUUACGUCUUUAGAGGAAGUUAGACAAGGACUGAUGUGUAGCAGAUGUCUAAGAAGCGUUGUCCAAAACGAUGACGAAAUUCCAGAACAUGACGAUUCUAGUAUACUAGAUGACCCUAUGGAACUUCAAUUCCAUUCAUCUUUUUCCAUGGACGUACAGGACAAUCGCCUGGAGGAAAUUCUCCGAAAGGACUUGUCCAUAUUAUGGAUCUCCCCCACCAUGAACCUCGUUACUCUGUUAUUCGACUUGUGCCUUUACUUGAAGGACUCCUACCUAGUACCUCUUCUUUCCAAACCACUGAAAAUCCCUUUUAUCCUCUUCCAUUAUUGCCUGAAGCAUAAGUUACAGUAG